GUCACGCGCGCGCACAAUUCGCUCUUACCCGUAUUUUUAACAUAAUUAAAUCUAAUCAAAGAUUUAACAGGUUUUUGUAAGCAUAUCCGGGCACAAAAACACUGCUAGUCUCAUAUACAUGUGGUUUUUACAAAACCGGUCGAAUUAAUAUGCUGUACGCGACUCCAUAGCGUGUUGGUAGAGCAAAAUAAACUUUAAUACCGUGGUGUAAGAUCGGUUAUUAGGUGAGCAGUGAAAGUGGUAAUAUAAUUAAGUAUCUUUCUAAGAACAAAUCUUGUGAUGUUUAUGUCCAGUAGUUCAACAAUCGUCAUUGAGUGAGAUGUGGGUUGUAGGAGAAAAAAUAACUUAUAUAUAAUUAUUAUAAAUUAUAAUUAUUGUAUAAGUAUUCCGUGUCAGUGUGUUGUUGGCCGUUGUGGUGUGAGUGAGGUUCCUGUUUAGAUGUCAAAAGCACGGAUUACGCCAUUUUUGAAACAAUGCUUCGUGUCAGCAACAGUCUGCUUCACCACCAUCGGCCACGGCUCCGUGGUGGGGUUCCCCGCCAUCCUGCUGCCGCAGGUCAAGGACCCUAACUCCCACAUCCAGCUCACCAGAGAGGAAGGAUCAUGGAUAGCGUCAGUGACUGCUAUCACGCUGCUGCUGGGCAGCUUCAUGGCGCCGCCCAUCAUGGGCCGGCUGGGCCGCAAGGUCGCGCACUUCGUGGUCAUCGCCCUCAUACUCCUGGGCUGGGUAGUCAUAAUCCUGGCUACAAGUUUAGAAGUAAUGGUAGUAGGCAGAAUAAUCCACGGCAUGUCCUUCGGGCUGAUGUUGCCUCUCCGCUCAGCCCUCCUCGGAGAAUACACGAGCCCGAAGAACAGAGGAGCGUUCCUCACCACUGUUUCCGUUGCACAAGCCUUCGGUAUCCUGCUGGUCCAUCUCAUAGGAUCCUUAGUGACAUGGCAGAAGACUAUCCUGAUCGUCAUUGCAUUCCCCCUAGCCAGUUUACUCAUGACAUUCUUUACCCCUGAAUCUCCCAGCUGGCUAGCUGCAAGAGGAAGAUAUGACGACUGCAGAAGAGUCUUCCACUGGCUCCGAGGCGACGAGGAAGAAGCAGAACUGGAAGAAAUGAUCAGAGCGAGAUGUGAAUCUAACAGAGCUGCCAUAACUAACUGCAGAGAUCUCAUGGUGCUGAUGAAGAAGAAGGAGUUCUACAAGCCUAUUGUGAUAAUGAUCCACAGCUACAUGAUGGGAGAGUUCUCUGGCGGCGCCCUCAUGUCGUGCUACUCCACGACAGUCAUUACUUUGAUAGCUGGUCCUGAUGCUGACGCCCACUUGUGGAUGGUAGAGCUGGAUAUACAGAGAAACAUAUCGAACAUCAUAGCAGUGUACGUGGUGCACAAGGUAAAGAGGAGGACGAUGUUCAUGGCAACGGGAGGUCUCUGCAUCCUCAGUAACAUUGCCAUCGCUGGCUAUGUUUACGCCAAAAUCCUUGGAGUGUUAACAUACACAGCGAUAUGGGUGCCAAUAUUGCUGAUCAACAUACAAUUCUUCACUGUAGCAGUGGGCAUGGUGUGCUUACCUUACGUCAUUGCCGGGGAGAUUUUCCCUCUGGAGUACAGGAGUGUAGGAGGUAGCAUCAGCAUUGUGUCUAUUGCCUGUGGAUACUUCCUCGUCACCAAAACCUUCCCGGCCAUGGUGGAGAGUAUAGGUCUGCACGGAUCGUACGCGGUGUACGCAGCAGCCAUGUCGUAUAACCUGUGCGUGGUCUGGUCUCUACUGCCGGAGACCAAGGGAAAGACCUUGCAGCAGAUUGAAGACCACUUCAAAGGGAAGACAUCAAGUCCCGAGGAAGUGGAAGUUAGGCAGCAGCUCAGAGAUAAACCAGAUGUGGAGAAAGCCAAAGCUGAGAGCUGAUGAGCGAAAAGUGGCCAUAGGAACAAAAACAUCAAGUACACAGACAUUUUCCACCUUAUGAAUAAUAAUGAGAUUUGUUAAUGCAUUAAUAUAAUGUACUUAUCCAAUAAGCUAUAGACUAUAGGUAUUAAAUUAAAUACACAUAGUAUGCAAUUGCAGUAAUAGGUAGCUCAAUGAUUAUCUACUUGUAGUGGAUACUUUUAUAAUUGUCGAAGAUAAUAAAUGUGAUAUUGUUUGUA